AUGACAAUGAAUAAUAUAAGGACAUAUGAAGAAAGUCUAUGUAUAAUUCGAAAAGAAAAUAAUAAAUUGUUACUUCGCCAUUGCAGGUUUUACAUGUAUAAAUUAGCAAAAGAACAAGCAACUACAGUGGAUCAUGAACUCACAGAAGCUAAGAAUUAUAUCUUCUACUCUCAACGCAAACUAGAUGUGGCAUCAUAUAUUCAAAAGGAGAGAGUAUUUAGGACAGUCAAUUACAUCUCAUCUCCCGAGAUUGGUUUCUUGAAGGCAAUGAAAGGAAAAACGAACACUCCCAAGACAAAGCUCAUCCUUGUUUUCCUAGACAAAGAUGCAAUUGAACCCACGACCAAACAAUCAUAUGGUUCAAUAUUGGCAAAUCUUGCCACAGUCAAGAAAUUCGCAUCUGGGAUUGCUGUACCAAAAGAUUACAUAUGGCCAGUAAACAAAGAGAACUACUUGGAGAGCUCCACUACUCUUGUCCUCAAUGCUCAUAAACUGGGUCUUGAAGUACAUGUCACUGGCUUUGCAAAUGACUUGGCUACAGUCUAUAAUUAUACUUAUGACCCCAUAUCUGAGUACUUGCAGUUUAUCAAUAAUCCACAGUUUUCUGUUGAUGGGGUGGUUACAGAUUUUCCUCCCACAGCAUCAUCAGCUCUUGCAUGCUUUGCACAUUACAGUGAUCUAAACUUCACUAAGCAGGGUAAACCGUUGAUCAUAUCUCACAAUGGAGCAAGUGGAGUUUAUUCUAACAGCACGGAUCUUGCUUGACAAGCAUUAAAUGAUGGGGCUGACAUAAUAGAUUGCUCAGUUCAAAUGACAAAGGAUGGGAUAGCAUUCUGUUUGGGUUCUGCAGAUCUUGCAGGAGAUACUACCGCAAAGACUACCUUCUCAUCCAAAUCUAGCACUAGCCCUGAAAUUCAACAGAAUGCUGGAAUCUUUUGUUUUGAUCUCACAUGGAGUGAAAUUCAGACAUUGAAACCUCAAUUAGGAAGCCCUUUUGCAAAGGGUGACAAAUAUCCAAGACACCCUGCAUACAAGAACACAGGUAAAUUUAUAACUCUGACUGAUUUUCUGGAUUUCGCCAAAGCCAAGGCAGCAUCUGGAGUUCUAAUCAACAUAGAGAAUGCUGCUUACCUAGCUUCAAAGAAGGGUCUUGACAUAGUGGGCACCAUUAGCACUGCCUUGAGCAAUGCCUCUUUUGAUAAGCAAUCACAUAAAAAGGUCCUAAUCCAAUCAGAUGACACUUCAGUGUUGUCCAAAUUUCACAAUGUGACUGCAUACCAAAGAGUAUUUUACCUUAGAAAGGAAAUAGGUGAUGCACCUGCGAAGUCUAUAGAAGAAAUCAAGAAGUUUGCUAAUGCAAUUAAUGUGCCCAAACAAUCCAUCGUUCCAAUACACCUAGGCCUUGCAAAAGCUGCAACAGUUGCAGACGAACUACAAAAGGCCAAUCUUAUAGUAUAUGUCUCAGUACUGAGGAACAAGUUUAUUUCUCUUGCAUAUGAUUUCCUCUCUGAUCCUACUUUGGAAAUUGCUACUUUCGCUUCCUUCAACAUUAGUGGAAUCAUCACAGAAUACCCAGCAACUGCAAACAGAUAUUUCAGAAAUCUAUGUUCAGAUCUCAACUGUGAUGUUGAAUGCGCCAUAUUACCUAUUCAACUACCAUAUCUAACUCAAUUCCUUCCUGAUAAUAGUCAACCACCAGUAGCUGCUCCUUCUCCAGCCCUAGAUGUUGCAGAUGUUGUUGACCCACCACUUCCACCAGUAGCCAACACCUCUGGUAGUCGUCCAAGCACUAGGCCAAAAUAUCCUUCGAUAGCUGGUUUGGGUUGUUCUUUGGUGGCAACUUGGCUGAUGGGCUUACUCCGUAUGGGAUAUUAG